AUGGCCAGUUGCUGUGUGUGUGUGAGGCAGCGGCUGCCUGAACUCCCCCAGUGCGAGGGCUCUCAGUGCUACUCGUCGGUGGCGGUCAGUAGCCAUGGGCGUAGUAACAAGAGGCUGCCUGCAGGGAUCAGAGAAGACCCGUUUGAUCUGUUCCACGGCCUCCUCCCUCAGCCAUGCCCUGCUCUGCUGCUCCAGCUUCAUGUGCAACCGCAACGCCACCCGCAGCUCACUACUGCCCUCCUCGCUACCGGAGGCUGCACAGGAGGCUACAGCGACUACAGGAGUUUGACCCAACAGGAUGCGACUGACGACUCAUCACCUCUAAAUGUUGGGGACAGCACUCUGCUGAGCUGUUGGACCAACUCCUGUACGUCAGCUGGUUCAGGCCUGCCUUUCCUGGUCCAGAGAACUGUGGCCAGACAGAUCAGCCUGAUGGCGUGUGUAGGGAAGGGGCGUUAUGGAGAGGUCUGGAGGGGUCAGUGGCAAGGGGAGAACGUGGCUGUGAAAAUCUUCUCCUCCCGAGACGAGAGGUCAUGGUUCAGAGAGACUGAGAUCUACAACACAGUGCUACUGAGACACGAGAACAUACUGGGCUUCAUGGCGUCAGAUAUGACGUCUCGGAACUCCAGCACUCAGCUCUGGCUUAUCACACAUUACCACGACAACGGCUCGCUCUACGACUACCUCCAGAGGGUUCCCGUGGAGACGGGGGAGGGCCUAGCGAUGGCGACGUCGGUGGCGUGCGGUUUGGUGCACCUGCACACGGAGAUCUUCGGCACCGAGGGGAAGCCGGCCAUCGCUCACCGAGACCUGAAGAGCAAGAAUAUACUGGUGACCAAGGAGCUACGCUGUUGUAUAGCUGAUCUGGGCCUGGCGGUAACCCACUCCCAGUCAGACAACCAGCUGGAUGUAGGAAACAACCCCAAGGUGGGCACCAAGCGCUACAUGGCUCCUGAGGUGUUGGAUGAGUCCAUCCAGACAGACUGUUUUGAUGCCUAUAAGAGAGUGGACAUCUGGGCCUUCGGUCUGGUGCUGUGGGAGAUCGCUAGGAGAACCUACAGCAAUGGUAUUGUGGAGGAGUACAAGCCUCCGUUCUAUGACCAGGUGCCUAACGACCCCAGCUUCGAGGACAUGAGGAAGGUGGUGUGUGUGGAACAACAACGACCGUUCAUCCCCAACCGCUGGUUCUCCGACCCUACCCUGUGUGCCCUGGUGAAACUGAUGAAGGAGUGUUGGUACCAGAACCCCUCGGCUCGCCUCACAGCCCUGCGCAUCAAAAAGACCCUGAACAAGAUCCAUAGCUCCCUGGAGAAAGGAAAGAAGUCGUGAGGAGAGGAAAGGAGGACGACUGCCAGAGGAGAGAUGGAAAGAAGGCAGGGGAGUAGAGAUGCCAGAUCAGAUGGACACAGCUGCUGCUACUGAACAUGAAUGUUGUUUUCCGUAUUGGCUGAAUGCUGAACUAUCUGGUCACUCUGUGUGAGAGAUGGUGUUACCGUAGCCUUACCCUGCUUUAAAGGCCUGUGCACGCUGCAGGGGUCAGGGGCUCAGACCCUCUACACACACGCACGCACACACGCACUUCUGCCCAUUUGUCGUUUCAAUGUUCAGCCAAUCAUAUUAUGCUGCUCUACUCAGACAAUCAGAUGUGUAUUCCAAUGUAGGUACACACAUGAACGAACACACACACAAUAUUGAGUUCAGUUACACAGGAACAGAGCCAAUAGGAUCAAAUGAAUGCUGUGGUUGUGAACUAUAUAGUAAAAUAUUUAUGUAAUGUGCUUUGUGUAGGGUGGGACUAUGAUGAUUUGUAAUGUUAUGACUAGGAGUUUGGGAGUUGCUCUUGGUAAGGGAAAACUGAUUACUUUACAAGAACACUUUAUGUACCCAUGAAAAUGCAGUUUUUUGGCUAGUAAGACAUUGUGUAUUUACAGAGGAAGUCAGGAGACAUGCCUCCACAUGCUUUGAAUUGUGAGCUGUGAAUGCAUUACAGUUAUAAAUAUAGGAACCACAUACUGAUUCAGUGUUGUAUGCUUUGUAGAAUUCCACCCAGUGCUCUUGAUUUACUUCACACCUGUGCCAUGUUGGCAGAGUUUUCACCUUGACUGGUUUCAAAAGUGGAAAAACUCCCCUACCCAGAGUGCAGGGCCUUUGAGGCCCUAAGCCAGAUUUGGUUGUGGGGUCCCCACCUUGCAACAAAACAUUUUAUUGGCCCCCCUCUUUACGGAGAGAGAAUGUUUUUUUGUUGUGUUUUUUUUAACGUGAUUUUCCUGUGUUCUAUAUAUUUCCACAGUAUGAGGUUCGAAUAAUACUGUGAACAUGAUGAUAAUGCCCUUUUAGUGUAGUAGCUGUUUGGAAUUUCAGCCUGUUUUGGUGGGAGGAAGUUUCAGCCUUCCAUGGUGACGUCACCAUGUGGUAAAUGAGUUAAUAGACCAAUAAAAAAAGAGUUCCAAACCUC